AUGGUUGUAAUGAAAUAUAUUAAUGGUGAAACAUUACAGACUGCAAAGAUUACAAAAGAGGAAUACAAUGAUGUUUUAAAAAAUAUACAAGAGGCCAUUGACACUUUGCACACUAAUGAUAUUGUUUUUGGUGACUUACGUAGUUCAAACAUAAUGAUAGAAAAGGCUGGAAUACAUCAAAAAGAUUGUUAUACACCUAUGAUGAAUCCAGAAAUUAAAUGGGCAAGUGGGGCUGAAGGAAAUGUUUUAAUGCACAAAGAUCAUGAUUUACACUGGCUAGAGAUAUUGAAAAAAAAAUAUGAAUAUUAA